AUGGGUCGUCGAAUCAUCUCCGGUGGCUGUCACUCGGCGGAGCGGAAAAACGGCGACUUUGCGGCUCUCCGGUGGCUGUCACUCGACGGAAAGGAGCUGAAUAGAGGUAGGGUGCGUGUCAGGGAGCUUCAUCCUCAGGUCCGUGCAGCAAGAGGAGGCUCUUCAUUGCAUCUGGUACGCUCUCAGGAGGUGGCGACUCGUCUCUCGAUGGAUCGUCCUCUUCCUGACGACGGCUUGUUCCUCGAUCAAUCGGAGAUGAUUUACUCGAUGGAUUCGUGAUCCUUUUAUCACGAAUCCUUCAGUAAUUUUAGUAAUCAUGCUCCGCAAAUCGCGUUGACGAGAUUUUCGUCGAUGAUCCAGCGAUUUUGGUUGCUUAAUCCUUCACGGCGAUCUGUAGGAAAGUUGCGAUAAUCAGAUAAAAAUAUGAGUUUUGGCUCUGUGAGGAUUCGAACAUGUGCCGGUUGCCCCCGCCUCUUUUGAAGGUGACGGGUUUAAUCCCACAUUGGUUGUGCGCCAAAUUUCAGGCAAAUAUAUAGUAAUGUUACAUUUUUAAGCAAAGUCCCUUUCUUGCGUGUGUACAACCACUCCUUGCCCCACAGCCGGCUGGCCACCGGUGAUGUGGAAGGGGAGUGGCGCACACGUGCCCCUAUCUAUUCAAGCCGUUCGAGCCCCUGCUCGCAGCUACUCCCCGACUGCGCUUUUGACCUACUUGCGGGCCCGACUGGCCGGUGGGUCCUCCCAUUUUGUAAUAUUUUUAUUUUUAUUUUUUUUUCUUCAUUUAUCUCAAAAGUAAGAUUGUAAAAAUCAUAUAAAUUCGUAUAAAAUCACAUAAUUACCCAAAAAUUCACGUUAAUCAAUUGAAAACCACUUUUCACACUUUAAUACAAAUAUAAGUCUAUUUAUCAUGAGUUAA